CUUAAUGUGAUGUAUUCCAGCUUGAAUUCCCCUUCAAAGCUGAGUGGCUGGAAAUCAAGUGGAGGUGAUCCUUGUGGUGACUCCUGGGAAGGAAUAAAAUGUUCAGGCUCUUCUGUCACAGAAAUAAAAUUGUCAGACAUGGGACUUACUGGAUCAAUGGGCUACCAGUUGGCCAGCUUAUCAUCAGUAACCUACUUUGAUUUGAGCAGCAACAACCUCAAGGGUGAUAUACCGUAUCAACUUCCUCCAAAAGCUCGCCAUAUAGAUCUUUCAAACAAUGGCUUCGGGGGAAGUAUACCUUAUUCAUUUUCUCAGAUGAAUGACCUCACAAACCUAAAUCUUGCACAUAAUAAGCUCCAAAACCAGCUGGGAGAUAUAUUUGAAAAGCUCGGUAAACUCAAACAACUGGAUGUAUCAUUUAAUUCUCUAUCAGGAGACCUGCCGCAGAGUCUCAAAUCGCUCAAAAGCCUCAAGAAGUUGCACCUUCAAAACAACAAAUUCACUGGUUCAGUAAAUGUUCUUGCCAAACUUCCACUUGAUGAUUUGAAUAUCGAAAACAACAAAUUUACUGGUUGGGUUCCUAACGAGUUGAAGAAUAUAAAUAAAUUGCGAACUGGAGGAAACUCAUGGUCAAAGGGACAAGCACCUCCUCCUCCUCCUGGUACUCCCCCCAUCGACCAAUCCAUGAAAAAGAAAGAUAAAUCCGUUAUUAGUGGAGUAGCUAUAGCAGGCAUAGUUUUUGGCAUACUGGCAGUAAUUAUAAUUGUUCUUGCUCUUUCUAAAAGAAAGGCAUCGAAAACUUCUUCACACUUUAGCGAUGAAGAGAGGAGUAGCCACCGUAGAUCUUUUACAACACCCUUUGCAUCUCGGGAGUUAUCAAAAGAUUCGGGUGCUAACCUCAGCAAAGAAUCCAAAGGAUUUAACUCAUUGGAUUCUACUUCCAUUGACGUAAAGACUUUGCAAAAAUCUCCGUCAAUUGUCAGGUCGUCUGUCUCCGAUUGUGUGCAAUCCUUUAAUGACAAUGAGUUUGCAAAUCGUCUAAAUGCUAGAAGAAGUACAUCAAUCCGUGUUACUACUUUUACACUGGCAGAGUUGUACUCGGCUACUGCUAAUUUUGCUUCAGCUCGACUUCUUGGUGAAGGAUCCAUAGGAUGUGUUUAUCGGGCUAAAUAUUCUGAUGGAAAGGUAUUGGCUGUAAAAAAAAUCAACCCUUCGCUUCUCCAAGGUCACUCUGAGGAAUUCUCGCAGAUUGUUUCAAGACUCAGCAAACUUCACCACCCAAAUAUUGUUGAGCUUGUUGGUUAUUGUUCGGAAAAGGAGCAUAUGCUAAUAUAUGAUUAUUUUAGAAAUGGCUCUCUCCAUGGCUAUUUACACUUAUCAGACGACUUCAGCAAUCCACUCACUUGGAACACAAGAAUCAGAAUUGCAUUGGGAACAGCUCGGGCUAUUGAGUACCUGCAUGAUAUUUGUUCUCCUCCUUUAUUGCACAAGAAUAUUAAGACCUCGAAUAUUUUGCUUGACAAUGAACUGAAUCCUCGUCUCUCAGACCAUGGUUUGGCAUCCUUUCACCAGCGUACUAGCCAAAAUCUUGGGACGGGAUAUAAUGCACCGGAAUGCACAAAACCUUCAGCUUUUACACAUAAGAGUGAUGUAUACAGUUUUGGGGUAGUGAUGCUGGAACUUCUGACAGGUCGAAUGGCUUUCGACAGUUCAAGGCCAAAGGCAGAACAAUGUCUGGUUCGUUGGGCAACCCCACUUCUUCACGACAUUGACGCGGUGGAGAAAAUGGUGGACCCUGCCUUGCGGGGGCUUUACCCUCCUAAGUCACUCUUCCGAUUUGCAGAUAUCAUUGCUCUCUCUGUUCAGUCUGAGCCUGAAUUUCGGCCACCUGUGUCAGAGUUAGUUCAGGCUUUAAUGCGAUUGGUUCAAAGUUCGAGUCUGACAAUGAGGGAGGAUUUUGAGUGAAGCCGCCACUUGUCAACUCUUCCGGUGGUAACCAUCCAUAGAUAGAUUUACUUUAAUUUUGGUAGAAAUUAUAUGUCACUCCACUCUUGGACAAGAAAAGUAGUUGUAGCUUCCACAAGAAACCUUGGGUUGUGCAUUAUUU